AUGGAUAUAGACUAUUUACAGUUUAUACUCGACCAGUUCGAUGACGGCCGCCCCUUGCCUGACAGGAAGGCGUACUACGCCGAGAGGGAAACUGUCGAGCAACAGCUCGUAUGGAGGAACACGUUCCAUAGCGACGACACGCUUGUUAGCAUCUACACAUUCUUCACAGACUGUCAGCACAUGCGGGAGAAUCUCGCCGAUCUGGCAAUGCGAUCGGUGCUCUUGACUCGCGUUGUCCACUCAACUUGCUGUGCAUUCCGUCACGUCAUCUCCAAGACUUUGUUCGACUAUCGAGCGAAGUUGGCGAAUGACCCAUGA